AUGCAAUCAGAAGUUGACCGACUGUUUGCUAAUAUUCGUGAUGCUGUUCUUAACGGAAUCUGGGUGGAGAAGAAUGUUACCAGCUCCCCUAAUUGGUCAUUUGGUCAAGCUUUCUUUUUUGCUGGCACUCUCAUAAGUACUGUCGGCUAUGGACGUGUGUCACCCAGGACUGAAUAUGGGAAAUUGUUUACAAUUGUUUACUGUGUCAUCGGUAUUCCUCUCACUCUUGCUCUACUCUCAGCGACCGUGGUGCGAUUAAAACGGCCAUCGCAGAUCUUGCGAGGGGUUCUGAAUAGACGAUUGGCGCAUAUUUUCCAUGCUGCUCAAAUUCAAAUGUUCCACUUAUUCAUCGUUUGUCUACUUCUCCUCGUUUUUGCUUUUAUCAUCCCGUCGUGGAUUUUUACAAACAUCGAAACCGAUUGGACAUUCUUGGAUGCUUUCUACUAUUGCUUUGUGUCACUAACUACAAUAGGCUUAGGUAACUAUGAACCAGGUGACAGCCCCGAUCAGGAGUAUAGAAGUGUGUACAAAAUUAUCGCAACAGUAUAUCUACUAAUUGGAUUGUGUUGCAUGAUGUUAUUCUUAGCGACACUUUAUGAGAUGCCACAGUUUAAUUUGACUCGAUUCUUCUUGAAGACUGAGGAAGAUAUGAGAAUGGUUGAUGAGGUUUGUGAAUGA